UUUUUCCGAGCGCCGGCCAGGCCACGUCUCGCGCAACUCCUUGCGCUGCAGCAAGCCACCACCUCACCACCAUCCGCCGCCGCCGCUUUCUUCUUCUGAUGCGCCGCCCAUAGACGCUCUCCUACUCUGGCAGCCGCGGUUCGCCUUUUUCCCUAGCCCCCUCCACCCACCAUGUCACGCUCGCUUCGACGCUCGAAUCCCAUCACGCUGGUCCUUGCCGCCAUUCUCUGCGUGGGCUUCUUCGUCUUCUUCUUCUCCGGCGGCGAUGGCCCCAGCAUUCCCAAGUCGGGCUCCGGCGAGGUAGCCUCCAACCCGCUGUCGCCUCCGUCGCUGCCCUUCCACAAAUCCAAGUCGAAUGCGCCACACGCCGCGCCGCCCGUCGUGCACUACUACAUGAACAAUGUGACGAACUCGCGCACGCCCAUUGAGAACGAGGAGACGGUGCUGAUCCUCACCCCAUUGGCCAGGUUUUACCAGGAGUACUGGGACAACCUCCUCAAGCUCUCGUACCCACACAACCUGAUCUCUCUGGGCUUCAUAAUACCAAAGACAAAGGAAGGCAACGCCGCAUACGCCGCGUUGCAGGCCCAGGUCGCCAAGACGCAAUCGGGCCCCAAGACCAAGCGCUUCGCCGCUGUAACGAUCCUCCGCCAGGACACCGAGUCGCCGCUCCAGUCGCAAAACGAGGCCGAGCGCCACAAGAUGGAGAACCAGAAGGCGCGGCGGGCGGCCAUGGCAAAGGCACGAAACUCGCUCCUGUUCACAACCUUGGGGCCCUCGACCUCGUGGGUUUUGUGGAUAGAUGGCGACAUUGUUGAAACCCCACCGACGCUGAUCCAGGAUCUUGCCGAUUACAACGUGCCCAUCAUUGUGCCCAACUGCUUCCAGCGAUACUACAAUGAGGAGAAGAAGACCAUGGACGUGCGCGAAUACGACUUCAAUAACUGGAUCGACAGCAGCAUUGCAAAGGACCUGGCCAACAAGAUGGGCAAGGACGACAUCCUGCUCGAAGGGUAUGCUGAGAUGGCAACCUACCGUAGCCUUAUGGCCAAGAUGUACGAUGCAAACGCGGAUCCUCACGCAAAGAUCAAACUCGAUGGUGUAGGAGGUGCUGUACUGUUGGUCAAGGCCGAGGUGCACCGGGACGGCGCCAUGUUCCCACCGUUUGCCUUUUACCACCUCAUUGAGACCGAGGGCUUUGCGAAAAUGGCAGCCCGAUUGAACUGGGAGAGCUUUGGACUGCCCAACUACCUUGUGUACCACGUCAACGAGUAAAAGAGUAGACGGCGGAUUUUUACAUACUUGCGGGCUGCUCUGUUUCAGUGGUCAUUGGGCGGCGUUGGAAAGGGCGAUUUAAACAUGGGUUGCUGCAAAUCAUGAGCGUUGUGUUUGGUCGCCGCGCAUACAUGAUACGCAUGUUUUGGAAAUGAGGCUUUGCCGGGCAAGGAAUAUAUACCAGUUAGCAAGAUCUAGAUUUGAAAUACCACACAGGACGGAUUUUU